CGGAUCAACGGAGAGAAGAACAGCAGCAUGUGGCUUCUCAAGACCCUGGAGAGGACUGGCCAUCCAUGCAGAAGCCGUGACCUUCCAGAUUUUGCUGGACUGCAGGUAUCAAUGAAGGGCCAUUGAGAGCAUUUAUCCAGGACCUUGCCGUUCUCCGAUGGCUGCUUAGCGGACUUGAAAUGUUAUGACAAGGUUUGGAGACGGUGGACUGAUGCAAGGAAUUCCUAAAAUUCAGGGGUGAAGAUGGUGCAAAAAUACCAGUCGCCUGUGAGAGUCUACAAAUACCCUUUUGAGCUCGUGAUGGCGGCUUACGAGAAACGCUUUCCCACGUGCCCCGAGAUCCCGGUUUUCCUGGGCAGCGAGAUCCUUCGGGAAUCCAAGAGUGACGACGGAGCCGUUCAUGUCGUUGAGCGAAGUUGCAAACUCAACGUAGACGCGCCUCGGUUGCUGAAGAAGAUUGCUGGGGUAGAAUACGUGUUUUUCAUCCAGAAGAACACGGUGAACUGGAAAGAACGGACCCUUCUCAUUGAAGCUCGGAACGAGACCUUUUCCAAUCGAGUCAUUGUCCUGGAGACCUGUAGCUACUCAGUUCACCCUGAAAAUGAAAACUGGACGUGCUUUGAGCAGUCGGCUUCUUUGGACAUCAAAUCCUUCUUUGGCUUUGAGAACACGGUGGAGAAAAUUGCAAUGAAGCAGUAUACUUCCAACAUCAAGCGGGGCAAAGAAGUGAUAGAGCAUUAUCUGAAGGAGCUGAUCGGCAAGGGGAUCACUUUUAUCCCCCGAUGGCGACCCCCCGAAGCCCUGGGAGAGACCGAGGCGGGUCAGAUUCCGGCAGGGUCUCCCAGCGGCCCUGGAGCAGCCGAAUCCCACCUGUGUGGCAGCGAAAAAGAGCCGCAAGGCAACGCCUGCCCCCCCGUAGAAGCCUCGACCCCGGACGCCGACAAACUGGAUGCAGAUUACAUCGAACGGUAUCUGGGACAGUUGACGCCCAUGCAGGAGAGCUGCCUGAUCCGACUCCGACAGUGGCUGCAAGAAACGCACAAGGGGAAAAUUCCCAAAGAUGAACAUAUUCUCCGUUUCCUGAGGGCUCGUGACUUCAACAUUGACAAGGCGCGAGAGAUGCUGUGCCAGUCCCUGACCUGGCGUAAGCAGUACCAAGUGGACUACAUUCUGGAAACCUGGAGACCGCCGCCUCUUCUGGAAGAAUACUAUACGGGUGGUUGGCAUUACCAAGACAAAGACGGCCGGCCGCUCUACAUCCUUCGCCUCGGUCAGAUGGACACCAAAGGUCUCGUGAAGGCCCUGGGGGAGGAGUCGCUCCUUCGUCAUGUACUGUCCAUUAACGAGGAAGGGCAGAGGAGAUGUGAGGAGAACACCAACCUCUUUGGCCGCCCGAUCACAUCCUGGACCUGCCUCGUAGACCUGGAAGGGCUGAACAUGCGUCAUCUGUGGCGCCCGGGGGUCAAAGCUCUCCUGAGGAUUAUCGAAGUGGUCGAGGACAACUACCCAGAGACCUUAGGAAGGCUUCUGAUCGUACGCGCACCCCGAGUGUUUCCGGUCCUGUGGACUCUGGUCAGUCCCUUUAUCAAUGAGAACACCCGACAGAAAUUCCUGAUUUACAGUGGCAACAAUUAUCAGGGGCCCGGGGGGCUUGUAGAUUACUUGGAGAAAGAGAUCGUUCCGGACUUCUUGGGAGGGGAAUGUGUGUGCAAUGUGCCUGAAGGUGGGCUUGUUCCCAAAUCGCUGUAUCAGACAGAUGAGGAGCCCGAAAUUUCGGAUCAUAUCCACCUCUGGACAGAAACCAUAUAUCACUCUGCAUAUAUCUUUAAAGGGGCUCCACACGAGAUUGUCGCGGAGAUUCUGGAAGGCGAAUCCGUCAUCACUUGGGACUUCGACAUCCUCAAGGGAGAUAUCGUGUUCAGCCUCUUCCACUCCAAGCGAGCGCCCGAGACCAGCCGGAAGGAGCCCACGGGGUCAACGUCUACCGCGGCCGUGGACAACGUUCAGUUGAUCGGCAAGAGCUGGGUCCUGGGGGUGGACUACAGCCGCGUGGAGUCGCCUCUUGUUUGCCGGGAAGGGGAGAGCAUCCAGGGCUCCCAUGUGACCCGGUGGCCUGGUUUUUAUAUUCUCCAGUGGAAAAUGCACAGCCCGUCUCCCUGCGCUGGGAGCAGCCUCUCUCGGGUGGACGAUGUCCUGGCCACGCUCCAGGUCUCGAACCACAAGUGCAAGGUCAUGUAUUACCACGAAGUGCUGGCGUCCAAGGAUUUCAGGGGAUCCAUGACCAGUCUGGAGUCUUGCAACAGUGGGUUUUCCCAGCUCAGCAGAGCCACGACCUCCUCCAACCAGUCUCAGAGCAGCUCCUUGAUUUCUAGAUAGCGCCCCCCCCACCGCAGGCGUGUUAAAUGUGGGGCCGAGACGAUUCCCUCAGGCCUGCCCCCCCCGGAUGGCGCCAAAGAGCCCGAUGGCUGAAUGGCCGUGCCCGACGGCGGCCGAACCGAGGACCACAGAGACGGGGGGAUCCCGAUUCAACCGUCUUUCGGAAAAGCCCCUCAAAACUCUUGGUCCGUUUUUCUUCCCCUUCUAGGAAGAAUCUCCGGCUUUCCAAGUCUUGGACGAUCCGCUUUCUCGGACGGCGUAGUCACAACGCCGUGCGUUUCUGGCGCAUAUCCACCCCUUUUCUUUUUUGCAUGAAUUUAACACCCCUAUGGUUAAAGGGCUUUCCCCAGUCAGCCUACCUCUUCGGAGCGAGCUGGCCUUGCCUUAACUAUUAGGAACUGUACAGCUGUCUUUUCCGAGUAGCAAAAAAUAAUAAUAAUAUUAAUAGUCACGUUUCUCGGGGCAUCAACAGUGCCAUUUUUGUGUUUUAACAGGGUGCAGGAGGCGCCUUGCUAGCAGGGAUUAGAAGCAAAUUAACGAAUACGUACAUGAACAGAUAGGGAGGGUGGUCGGGCUGGGCCAGAUUUCCUGAUUACUUGCAUUAUAGAGAACUUAUCUCAGAGGCCAGAAACUUGGAUAUUGCUAGCUAACAUGCUUUGGCAUCCCAGGGAGUUUUCCACUGGUGCACUGAAGCAGCUUCUUUUCUGAAAGGAGAAAGCACCGUUUCCUUCCCCACCCUUUUUUUCCCCUCAGGUCUUCGAGCAAUAAUUGAAUCCACCUCUGCCCUAUUCGUCUCUCAGGGUAGGAAAACGUGUUCUAUCGCUAAGGGCUAAGCAAAGCAAUAUUUGAUUUUUACAGGCACAAAAAAACCCACAAACAAACCACAACUCUUCCAAUGUUUGAAGGAGCUGUUGGUUUGGGCGGCGGGAAGCUCGUUCCUAACGAGGGUGGGCGCUUUAAGCGCACGCGUGUGCAAGCGCGUGGGUGUGUGUGCAUGCUUCCGUGUGUGUGUGUGUGCGUAUGUGUGUGCGGGGGGGUCGAAUCUCAAUUCUGAAGACGUAUUUAUUCAGACAUGGUUAAGGUUUAAACGCAUAACUUAUUUGUAUCGUUUUCUAGGGACCGCUCGACUAUUUAUUAACAAAUAGGUUCAGCUAUUUAUUAAAGAAUCGGCCCUCCCUCUCGUAUCCUCAGCUCUUGGGGCUGGGAAGGGAUGUGCCUGUGAUCCUCUUGAGUUGUAGAUUUCUUUUGUAGAUACACAGCUUUCACAUCUGGAUGUUUCUGUGGCACAUAGAGAAUUUCCUCCUUCUCUUCUUGGAAGUGGAGGGUUUGGUUAUAUAAUCACGCGGCCCAUAUGGCCUUGAAUGAUUAAGUACUGUACUUGGUUUUGGGUUGAUUUUUUCAAAUCGAUGGUGACGAAGCUUCACUUCAGUGUGGAAUGGAAAUGGUUUGUAGGGGAGAUGAUCCUUCCGUUUACAGUAGCACCCCCUGUAUCCGCGGGGAAUCGGUUCAAAGCCAGCUCCCUGUGGAUGCUGGAAACCGUGGAUAAUAGCAAACAUUAUUUUUAGCAUGGCCUCUGGCUCCCUCUAGUGGCCCGUCCUGAGAACUCCGCUGUUAGAUAUUCAUAUUUCUGGGAAUUUUUGUUUUAAUAUAUUUGAUACUUUCGGACCACGGAUAAAGGAAUCAGUGGAUACCGAUCCCACAGAUAUGGAGAUUCUACUGUAUCUGAAAUAAAAGGAAUGAUGAAGGAUGUGAGAUGGAACUUAAUGGGGAUUCUCCCUGUCCGGAUGUAUUUUUACUUUUCUUGAGAUGAGGGGCUAAAUGAAAGUCACCCAGGUAUAGCAUUCUCUUGGCUUAAAAAAAAAUGAAUGACAUACUUUUAGGGGGAAAUGAAAAAGUUGUGGUUAGGGAGGUUUUCAGCAGAAAACCAGCCAGUGAAGGAGUGUUUGAAUUUCACUUUAUACCCCCUCCCAUUAGCUUUUUGAGGCUGCUUUUUAUUUUAAAAGUGGAGAAAUGUUACCUGCCUUUAACAUUUUCUCUGACUUUUAGAAAGAUUCCAACUAAGAUUGGAACAGUGAUGAGAAAUGUCUAGUUGGAGAGAACAGUAUAGGAGGAGCCCCGUAUCCAAGCUUACCCCACCACCACAGUGGAUAAGAGUGAAUGCUAUACAUAGCAUGGUAAAAGG